AUGACCACGAAGAAGUAUGUUGCCCAUUUUGAAGAUCCACAAAGGAGGAGGAAUGUUACUCUUUUGGUCUCUACCGGAUGCAACUUGCUAUCCCGACCGGUAGAUCUUGCUAAUUAUCAGAAGCUUUUGGCUUCAGAGAAGGACUUUGAAAAGAUUCAGGCACUCUCGGGGGAGUAUUUGUUGAACAACGCCAUGCACAAUGCUGCAGCGGCCAACUUUCUUGCGUCCGAGGGCCUUCAGAUGUUUAUUCGUGAAAAGGAAGAGAUUACCUCCGCACAGGAUCAGGUUUUGGCAGAGCAGGAGCAACAUGUCACUCGCCUUUCGGAACUGGAGGCCAAAGCUACUGAGGUUGUUGUAUUGGAGGCUCGUUUGCGGCAAAGAAAUCAAGAAGUGGUAACCCUUAGUCAAGAAAUUGGCCCGCUGAGGGUUAGAUUUGACAAAGCCAGGGCCAAAUGGGCUGAAGUCCAUAACGUCGUUCUUGCUGCAACCGAACGCAAGGCUGCCUCUGCUGAAAGAGUGAUCAACUUAAAGGCAGACUUGAACUCCAAAAUUGAAGAGCUUGCUACUACUGGGGCGAAACACGCCCAGCUGGAAAAGAUGUACAGGAAAACUAUCGAGCAUCUUAGGCUUUUUAGUUCAACUGUACAUGACCUUGAUGUUAGCUUCAAAUCUGCUAGGUCCAUCCGAGAAAACCUUUCUGCCGAGGUAACCCAACUCAAAGAAGAACUUAAGCACCGAGUGUCUUCCCUCGUUAUUGAGAAAACUUAUGCUAUGUACAGUAUGAGGAGAAAAACGUUGGAAGAGGCCAAGUUGGUGUCAUUGAUUUUGAUGCCAAAAUUGCUAAGGUCCAUGAGCUUGAGUUAGUUGCUAAAAGUGGACUCCCAACGAGGUUUGAUGCACCUGGUCCUUCAGGUUCCAGUUCUGAGUUCUCGGGAACUGAAAAAGAAUCAAAGGAUGAUGAUGUUGAAGGCUAAACUGAUGAAAAUGUUGAACCAUCGAUGGGUCCGUCUACUUCUUCCGGGGGCGCGGACACUUCUCUUCCUCCUGGUACCGGAAAUACUAUUGUUUAGCUUUUCUUUUCAUUUUCC